AUGGCUUCUUCUUCGGCAGGUCACGAGAUGAAAUCCUUUCCUUCUGAUGAUCAUCCUCCUCCUGGGGCCAUGUCCUCACCGACUGGACAAGAAGCCUGGUGGAAGAUUCAUCUCUUCCGCGGCAUGACCAACGACAUCCGCCGACGGCUGCCCUACUACGUGAGCGACUGGGUCGAUGCCUGGGACUAUCGAGUCGUCCCGGCCACCGUGUACAUGUAUUUUGCAAACAUCUUGCCCGCCCUCGCCUUCUCGCUCGACAUGUUCCAAAAGACGGGUUCCAACUAUGGCGUCAAUGAGGUUUUGCUAGCUUCUGUAUUAGGAGCUGUGGUGUUUUCGUUGUUUGCCGCGCAACCCCUGGUCAUCGUCGGCGUCACGGGCCCAAUUACCGUCUUUAAUUACACCGUCUACGAUAUCAUGAAGCCCACUGGUGUCAAUUACAUUGGCUUCAUGUGCUGGAUCGGCAUAUGGUCACUCAUUCUACACUGGAUUCUUGCUAUCACCAACUCGUGCAAUUGGCUCCGUUGGGUCACUCGCUUCCCUUGCGACAUCUUUGGCUUUUACGUCGCCUUCAUCUACCUCCAGAAGGGUAUUCAGGUUCUCGAGCGUCUGGGCAAUGGCCCCGAGUUUUAUCUCUCCAUCGUUUCCGCCCUCUUGGUCUUCAUGGUCGCCUAUGCCUGCGGUGAGCUCGGCUCCAGUAGCCUCUUUCGCCAUCCAUUGCGUGUCUUUCUCAAAGACUAUGGCACGCCCCUGACCCUCAUCUUCUUCACCGGCUUCGUCCACAUAGGUCGCAUGGCCGAGGUUAAGCUUGAUGUUCUCCCGACUGGCAUCGCCUUUGUACCCACUUCUGGCCGGAGUUGGCUUGUCAACUUCUGGGAUAUGAGUGCAGGCGACAUUUUCCUGGCUCUUCCUUUUGCUAUUCUCUUGACCAUUCUCUUCUGGUUUGACCACAAUGUCUCUUCACUCAUUGCUCAGGGCAGCGAGUUUCCUCUCCGAAAACCCGCCGGUUUCCACUGGGACCUCUUCCUCCUCGGCCUCACGACUGGCAUCGCUGGUAUCCUGGGUCUGCCCUUCCCCAACGGCCUCAUCCCUCAGGCCCCUUUCCAUACCGAAUCCCUCUGCGUCACAAAGGCCAUUAAGGACGAAGACGAAGAAGGCAAUCCACGAGAUGGCAGUUACUCGUUCGAAGCAACCCAUGUCGUCGAGCAGCGUUUUUCCAACCUUGCUCAGGGCCUCCUCACCCUCGGUACCAUGACUGGCCCCCUGCUUGUUGUCCUUCACCUCAUCCCACAUGGCGUUCUUGCUGGUCUCUUCUUCGUUAUGGGUGUCCAGGCCCUCGAAGGUAACGGAAUCACCGCUAAGCUCGUCUUCCUUGCCCGCGACCGGGCCCUUACACCCUCGGCAAGCCCGCUUCUCAGAGUGCGCCGCCGAGCCGCCAUCUGGGGUUUCGUCCUCGUUGAGCUUGUUGGAUUCGGCGCUACCUUUGCUAUUACUCAGACCGUUGCUGCUGUGGGAUUCCCUGUCUUCAUUCUCGCCCUCAUCCCCAUCCGUGCUUGGCUUCUCCCAUAUGUUUUCUCUCCUGAAGAGCUCGCGCUUCUUGAUGAACCCACCGCCUCGGAGUUCACUAUGGAAGGUAUUGGCGGAGCCUGGGGAGGCGGCGGUGGCAAAGAGGAAGACCCCAGUAACGAGACGUCGGCCAUGUCAAGUCGUAAGGUGUCACAAACUGGCCCUCUGCGUCGGUUGGAGCAUCACGAUAGUGUCUUUGCUCACCCUGGAGCCCCACGGAAGAGUCAAGAGGACCUCGCUGAGCUGGGACAAAUACAGUCAGCACAAAGUACGGCCACGAGAAGAAGAAGCAUUGACAGGCGGCCACCAAGGCAUUCAGACGCAUAG